AUGCUGGCUCUUUCCAUCCUUGGUAACAAGAAGGUGGUCUCCCUCGUGGGCAACGGUUCCCUUGAAACGUCCGUGAGUGGAAUCGUAUUGGAACAAGUAGACCAUGUAGUCGAUAGAGAUGAAUGGAUCGUUGACGGCAACGACAUUGACGCUGUCCUUCUCGACGGCGGCACGGAGGACGAGACGUCCGAUUCUUCCGAAUCCGUUGAUUCCGACACUUGGCUUCGACAUGGCUGA